AGCAUCACCUCCAUUAUUUUCUUCAGAUAUCAACCCGUCUCUCUCUCCUCUUCUUCUUCUUCUUCUUCUUUUCUCUCUCUUUCUCACUAUAUCUCUCUAAAGAUGGAUAAGAAACCAUGCAAAUCUAUAGAUGUUGAAGUGAGGAAAGGCCCAUGGACAAUGGAAGAGGAUCUCAUUCUCAUGAACUACAUUGCAAAUCAUGGUGAAGGCGUUUGGAACUCCCUCGCUCGAUCUGCAGGGCUGAAGCGCACUGGAAAAAGUUGUCGUCUUCGGUGGCUUAAUUACCUCCGGCCAGAUGUUCGGCGUGGAAAUAUAACACCGGAGGAGCAGCUUCUGAUCAUGGAGCUGCAUGCUAAGUGGGGAAACAGGUGGUCAAAAAUUGCAAAACAUCUGCCCGGAAGAACAGACAAUGAGAUAAAAAAUUAUUGGAGGACUCGAAUUCAAAAGCACAUCAAGCAAGCAGAGAACUGUACAGGUCAAACUGUAGAGAACACCAACGAUCAAGCUAGCACUAGCCAAGUCUCCAGUUCAUGCCAUGCAGAUCAUACAGUUGAAUCCUACUCUCCGCCUUCCUUUAAUGACAAUAAUAUGGAGUCUUUUCAGGGCCCAUUUCCAACUGAAACGAACGAAAACCUUUGGAGUAUUGAGGAUCUAUGGUCUCUACAGUUACUCAAUGGGGACUGAGUCAGUCGGUCUCAGUUGACUAACCGCCCUACGACGGCCACGCUUGCCUCCGUAUAUAAAGUAGUUAAAUUUCCUCCCUAGUACUACUGCCUUCAGUUUUAUAGUUCUUGAAUUAAGGGUCGACUUGUAAUAUGGUAUGAUGAAAUAUGGAGUUAAGUGCAUUUAUAUACUAAGUAUAUUAAAUAUAUAAAUAAUACCAACAUAUACUAAAGGACGAAGAACGGUUACAUAUGUUGUACAUUAAAGUAUGAUGAGAUUUGCUGAGUAGAGGGUUUUUCUUUUUUUCUUUUUUUGUUACACUUAAUAUAUUUAUUAGAAAAAGUGUUGUUUUUUUACGAUUAGGACAAUUAGUGCUUUUGUUACCUACUUAGUCUUCUCCAAACAAUGAUUAAUCCUGUUAUUAUAAUGAUUGAUGGUUAGUUUGUUUGCUUAUUUAAA